GGACAGAUAAGAGAAGAGAAGAAGAGGAGGCAACAGAAGGGAAGAAGAGAGGAGAAAACACGGAGAGAAGUUGUAAAAUAUUCUUUAACGGUGGGAGUUUUGGAUGGAUGAAUGAUCUCACAGGAAUCAUGGAGAGACAUGUGCAUGGGUACAUACUUUCACGCACGUAAACCCACAUACUUUUAAAAGCACCAGGACGAUGCAUGGCCUUUGCUUUGAAGGACGGUGGAGAUGGACACACCUUUUUGUCAUCUGGCUUUCACUGCUAGCAGCUGCUCCAGCCAAAGCAUUUGGCUAUUUCCUGGGGGACACAAAGGCAGUGUUAAAUGGCUGUAAGGACCACUGGACCCUGCAGGACAGGGUCGCCAUGCCGUUGCUCUUUCAGAUGACUUUGUGUGUGGACAUCCGUGUGGUCGUCCCCGGAGCCUGGGUGGCCUUCUCUUACAGCUCGGUCCACGCACCCAGACCUGAGCUGAGUCUGGAGGGGGAUGAAGAUGCACUGUAUGCAUGGUUGCUAAGGGUCCGACACCGAUUUCCCAUCCGGCUGUCCCCAAAACACUGGCAUAGAGUAUGUCUGAGGAGAGACGUACAACACAACUCAUUUAGCCUGGAGGUUGAUGGGAAAAUGGUGGCACAGAGGACAGUCAUCGCUCAGGCCAUCCCCCCUGCCGGCUCCAUGUGGCUGGGCUGCCGUCCCAGAGACCAGCCCCCAGGAGACACGCUGGGGGAAGUAGAGUUGUACCUGUUCCGCAUGUGGGGAGACCUGGGUAACCAUGGUCUCUGUGAAGACGGGUCUGUGAUUGGCUGGAACACUCACUACUGGGGUGUGACCAGUCCCAGAGCCAGACAGAGAGACCCCAACCUUCUGUGUGACCACAGACGGUUAAGGCGUGGGGCACGUGUUUUCAGAAGGUCGUUAAAUGCACCAACAAUUGGAGUUGGAAGGUUCUUCUCACCACCACCUGUGCCUUACCCUACAUCUACCUUGAGUCCUGUCAUAGCAACGCCUGUCUCUCAUGUGAGCAACCACACUUCUAAGAUCACAGAUUCACCAACAAUAGACUGGAGACCAUCUCACGCCACAGUCCUUCCCUACACUACUGUUCCUGCGUCCGACACACGCUCAGCCAAUCAGAUGUCAACCAGCACCCAAAAGACUCCAAUCCCAACUCCGGUUGACCAAACCCUAGCUGGAAGAACAUCUGGGUCCUCAUUAGUCAAUUGUGACAUCAGCCAACUCUGCUCCAAUGACAGUGCUUACUUUUGGAUGACUAUAAAUGUGACUGCCAAGAGCGUCAGUAAGACUGAACAAGAUGUUCACAACUUGGUGUCAAAUGCAUUCAGUUGCGCCACUAAUAGAAGUGAUACUGCACAGCGAGUAACAGACUUUAUAGAUUUCUGUCAAGGUGACAAAUUCAUUCAGACAGUACAGGUAAACUGCAGUGCAAAAAGUAACAUAAGACAAACAACCUGCGAUGUGCUGCUGCAGCUCAGCCGCGCUGUUUCAGCAUGUGAACUGCAGCGUGCUGGAGACUCUGCACUGCAGCAAGCUGCUGACACACAAAUAGAAGUGAGAAUCACAGGAGAGGUGGAGAGAGUCGGUCGGGGUAUUUGUGGGGAUGUGGAGCCCUCGAGUGGUAGGUUUGUGAGGUGUACAUCCACUUCUUCACUGGAUGAUAUUUGUCAAGCUAACACAAACCCCAAGCUGACAUGUUCCUUCUUAGAACCCAACUCAUACCAAGCUCUACAACCUGAUAAAGAAUUUGGCUGCAGUGAAUAUCACAGUGAAGCGCCUAGCUUUUGUGACUGCACUGCUUUCUGCAAUUCUUCAAGACAGUUUUUUGCCAUUAGAAUAAAUAUUCACAGUGUCUCUGUUAAUGUUAACCUCCUAAAAACAUGGUUGGCUGGACUUGCACGCAUGUGUCUGUCGAUGUCAGCGUCAGAGUGCCAAGAUAUUUUAGAGCGCUACCAGCAAGCUCAUCUGGAAUGCCACGGGACAGAACAGAGGUUGUACAGCUGCAUGGUGAUACUGGAGAUGUCUGGACCUGUCAAUGGUUGUUUCCUGAAAAAACUUCUGAAGCUAAUUAUUGACAGAACCAAUGAUAUAACAAAUGAAAAGCCUCUUACACGCAUGGUGGUUUGUGGUCCUCCUGGUUUGGCAAUCCGUACUCUGUUGGGGUCCAACCUGACCUGGGUUGAAAGUGACCUGCUGAUGUCAGACGUCUGCCAACCUGACCCCACUCUGCUUAAAUGUGAGGGAAAGGAGAGCCUUGCUGUACUUCUGACUGACAGCUGCCCUCUGGAAACCAUGCAAAGCACAACUAUGCCUUCCACUCCAAACAACAACAUUCUCUCUACAUCUUCUGAAGCUUUUACAUCAUCUGUGAUCAACCCUACUAAACAAACUAACACUAUUGUAACAUCUCAACAGACAAAUGCCUCACAAGGGACAGCUCAUCCUAACAUAACUAUUUCCCACACAACAAACAACAGAACACAGUCCUCAACAGAACAGCCCGUCCUAAGAGCGACCUUACAAAACAUGACUUUCAGUACAGAAGCACAAAACACAACUUUGCCCGAUAACACAGCACCAACUGACCAAACAAAACUGCAAAACACAACCAAAGCAGACCAAGGCACAACAGAAUUCAUACCAUUAUCUUCUGUUAACUCAACAUUACAAUUCACCACAACAGCCCCUAUUGUUUCAACACUUUACGCAGCUACAUUGUCUCCAAAUCAAACCACAGAGUUCAAACUAACAACAGUUGAUACAGUUACAGCCACUGCUAAUAACACAACAGUGUACAAUAUAACUACAUUUACAACUUCUAAGAAUCACACAACAAAGUACAAUGCAACUGUAGUUUUAGCCUCAGCCAAUCACACAACAGAGUAUAAUGUUACAACAGUUACACCUUUUAAAGAUCACACAACAGAGUACAGUGUUACAACAGUUAAACCUUCUAUCAAUCACUCAACAGAUUACAAUGCAACUACAGUUGCUCCCUCUUACGAUCACACAACAGAUUACAAUGAAACUAUAGUAACACCUUCAACCAAACACUCAACAGAUUACAAUGCAAUAACAGUUACACCUUUUAACAAUCACACAACAGAGAACAUUGUGACUACAGUUACUCCUGUUACCAACCACACAGAGUACAAUGUAACUACAGUUACUCCUUUGUCCAACCACACAGAGAACAAUGUGACUACAGUUACACAUUCUACCAACAACACAACAGAGUACAAUGUAACUACAUUUACCAACCAGACAACAGAGAACAAUCUAACUACAGUUACUCCUGUUACCAACCAGACAAAAGAGAACAAUCUAACUACAGUUACUCCUUUUGCCAACCACACAACAAAUUACAAUGCAAUAACAGUUACAACUUCUGACAAUCACACAACAGAGAACAUUGUGACUACAGUUACACAUUCUACCAACAACACAUCAGUGUACAAUACAACAGAGAACAAUCUAACUACAGUUACUCCUUUUGCCGACCACACAACAGAGUACAAUGUGUAA